UUGCAAUUUUCUGAAUGACCUCCUUGAAAGUGUCAACAAUUUUCCACUCUCUGAUUACAGGAAAGACAAAAUAAAAUCCAAGUAUGAUGAAAUUUAUUCGCAUAUUUCUCUCUUAAAAGCAAUCUGCGUAAUAAAUCUAGGAGAAACUUGAUUUUCCGUCAUUGAACUGUAAUUGCCGCAAAUACCGCGCGAUCAAAAACGGGUUGCUAGAACUGAAUUUUGAGUUAAAUUGUGACGACUAAACAACUAAUUACUAAUAACUUUGUAUCUUUGUACCCAUUAUGUGUCAGAAAUGGGGUAAACAAAUUGGAUAAAUGGUAAAUUGUCUUAGCAACACCCUGUAGAUUGCCUCUUAAUUGGUGUGCGCCCUCUGUGGACACGUCAUCUUGACAGUACAGUUCUCUACAUGUCGAUAUAACCUCACUUUUAAUUGUCAUUUUUGACGUCUCGUCUACAGUUUUUUUUAUCAUCAUUAUUAUUUAAUCAAAUUAUUUAGAAUUUUUUGUACGAAGUGAGUAAACAAUGCGCCACGUGCGCCUCCCUGGCCAAAACAUCAAAAAACUAACAUUUCGUUCCCAGAUUGGUGAAAUUUUGAAGGAAUUGAACAAGACAGAGGGGCCACAAAAUGACGAUUCGAAGCCGAGCUGUUCGUUCGAUGUUGCACAAAAACGUCGAUAUAAUAUCAGGGCUCGUAAAAAAAUGUCAUACAUUGAGAAUCUCUCCGUUAAAAAAACUACCUACAAGUGUAAAGUGUGCAGUUUUACUGAAAGGACGAAAAAAGUGAUGUUGAAACAUCUGCAGACACACGUCGGGGCCCCCUUGUCUUGUUUCAAGUGCAAAAAAACGUUCAAUGGCAGUGUGGCGUACAAGUGGCAUUUGGGGCACUAUUGCACCCCCGUGUUUUACGACAAGUGGAAAUAUAAGUGUAGUUUAUGCCCUCGAGAAUUUGUUUCAAAAAGAACAUUAGCCAGUCAUUUACAAGGCCACAAAAGAAAUAAUUGUGCCUACUGUGAUAAAGUAUUAACUCGAAGAGUGCACUUAAUCCGACACUUGUUAGAAGUUCACUCAAUUAAACUAGAAAGAGAUACGUACAAGUGUGAUCAUUGUGAAAAAAGGUAUAUAAAAAAGUGUUCAUUAUAUUAUCACUUGAAACAACACCUUCCAGACAAAUAUGUAUGUCUGGAGUGUGGCAAAGUUAGCGAAACAGUUGAAGAAAAUGAAGAACACAAAAAACAACACGAUUUACAAAAACACUUCAAGUGUGCAAAAUGUGGCGAUCGCUUCUCCCGACGUCAACAAUAUUUAUUUCAUUUAAAAAGGCAUAAUCAAUACAAAUGCGUGACUUGUGACGAAUUUUAUGCCUCAAGAACCAAAGUAAUCAAGCACAAGCAACAAGGGCAUGAAGUUGAAGGGCUAAACCCCCGUUUUAUAUGCCCUCACUGUCCGGUGGCAUUUCACCGAGAAACCCGCUUUCACAUCCACAUGCGUAAACACUCAGAGGAUAAUCGCAGUAUCAACUGCAAAUAUUGCAAGAAAACUUUUGUUUCGCCCUACGCCUACUACAAGCAUUGUAUUACGAUAAAUCACGAGAAGUUCAGUCCGGAAAUUAACGACAUAGCGUGCGAAAAGUGUGGCAAACAUUUCGCCAAACGCUACGAUUUGAGACAACACUUGUAUCGAGUGCAUAAUACGUCGAAACAAUUCGUUUCGUGUCAAUAUUGCAACUACAAAACUGUUCAUAAGUGUAAUAUGGACCGACACGUGGCGUUACAUUUUCGUAAAAGCAAUCAAUACACGUGCGAAUAUUGUGGGAAAAAUUUCGACAGUAUCGCCAACUUGAACGACCACAUUACCUACAAUCACAUACAGACUAGGCAGUUCAAAUGCGAUAAGUGUGAUAAGUCGUUUAAAAGGAAUUCCGAAUUGGCGCGGCACCAAGACAGCCAUUCGGAUGAAAGGCCACAUGUUUGUACGUUGUGUGGCAAGACGUAUAAGAGGCUAAAUCAUUUAAAAAGGCAUGAAAAGCAGGCACAUCAUAUUGUUAAAGAAACCAGAAGGAUUAAAAAUGUGUCAGAAGAGCAAAAAUCCGAAUCGAAUUGUGAAAAUUUGCCCGAAUUGAAUUAUUGGAUCGAUAGUGAGGACCUAUACAGGGUGUAUAAUGAUGUGUCGUUAACUUAUGGCAUGUGUGAAGGGUUGGAGGGCGCAGACUUGGCGCAAAAUGAAAACAACUCGUGUUAAAAAAUCAAAGUAUUAAUUAUUUGUACAAGGUGGCUCAGAAAUAAGGAAAUAAUCAACCGUUUAUUUCGUAGCAUUGGAACUAACUCGAUUAUUUCUGAGACAUCUUAAUUAAUAUUUAUUUUUAAGUAAUGUUACUAAAAAAUGAAUAAAUAAAGAUUUGAAAAUA